UGCCUCCUAUCCAAUGUUAUCUUGCAAACGAGAUUGUUCCACAUGUGUUUGCUUAGGCACUGACCAAGUGGUGUUUAGGACUUUAGAACCAAUGUUGAGAAGCUUUCAAGCCUUUCAAGUAAAAGAUUCUAUCUCAGUUCCGUUACAGAAGGCAUGGGAGGUGUCAGAGCAAGAAAGUCUAGAAGAAAUAAAAUUGUCAAUGAUACUAAAGUUGCAAAUAAAAGGAAAAAGAGGAAUUUUAAAGUAGCAAAAGUUACAAGCAAAGUUAUAAAGGAUCAUUGGGAUGAUAGAAAGACCUUGAAACAAAACUUCAAGAGCAUUGGUCUGGCAAUGGACCCAAACGAUGCUUGUAAAAAAACAACUUUGAAGGUCAAAAAGAUUUCUAAGAAAGCCACAGACAGUGACAUUGCAAUGGAAUGUGAAGACACAGUUGUAGUUCAAAAAUUAAAAGAAGAGGCAUCACAUAUAUCCAAAAAAGAACGAUUGGUUUCUCCAGGAGAAGCACAAUUUAUUCUUACUCUGAGGGAUGACUAUGGAGAAGAUUACAAGGCAAUGGCAAGAGAUAAAAGAAAUUACCAACAGCAUACACCCAACCAACUACGUCGAAAAUUUGAAGCAUUCUUUAGGUCAUCUUAUUAUAAAAAAUACACAUCAAGUUCAGAGGUGGAAAAGGGAUGAUAUACUAAGUGCUAAAAUUAUGGAAGACCCUUGCAAUUGUAUUGGCAGUAAUGUUGCAGAGAAUCCUUGUAUUAAGAUUUUCACAAAUAAGAUACAAGAAUUAAAAAGUAACUGGACUCGCAGGAAUGAACUGGUAGAGCAGAUGGAAAACAUUUCUUUAACUUCAAACCUCACUCAAUAUUAUGAGCAUCUUAUUAUCAAAUAUCCAUUUGAGAAUUCAUUGUUGAAAAGAAAACUGUUUUUAAACACAUCACAAGGAAGUUUUAUUUUCAUUAAUGUUUUCCCAUUCUCCCUUUUCUCCAGCUUUUCGUCUCCUGUAGGAUUUCUAAACAGUACCAUUUUUACUUUACUAAGCCAAUACACAGCACAGGUGACUAAAUAUAUAGUAAUGUGUCUAAAUACUGUAAGGGAGCUGUGUAUUUGCCACCACUUAAAAAUUUAUCUCCUGUUUUGAGUAAUUUUAUGUCUUAAAAGCUUUUUACACUUUUUAUUUUGUUUUGAAGCAAUUUGUCUGGAAAACUAAAACAUUUGUUCUUGCUU